UCGUUGCAAAUUAAAUUGUGUAAAGCGUGAGCUCAUUGUAAAUGCUUCACACUCCGGUCCAGUUGGUGGUUUUAAAUGCACCAUCUAAGCUGGUCUUCCAACCACCAUAAAACAUUUAAAGAAGAAGAAAAAGUUGUGCAUGGGAUUGUUACACCGCAGAAAUGGUGAGUGGCCUAUUUACAUACUUUUUAGAUGUGCAAUGUGGUCUGGUCUUUUUUUUUUUUAGCAGAGUACUGCUCACACAUGCUACUGUACAUGUAUACCAGCCAUUUUACCUUCAGUAAUCACACCAAAACUGCUAGCUGCAGCUAGUUUGCCUAUCAGUAUUUGUGAAUUGUUAAGCCUGUUAUGUCAGAUCAUUACAACAUCACUAACUUUAUAUUUCAAUAUAUUAUUUUUUUUUAUUUAUACUUAUAUUUCAAUAAUUAACAAGCGCUGUAAAACAACAGUAAGCAAGAAUGCUGCACUGGUGGAAUAGCGUAAACUAUCAUUGCUCUUUGGAUAAAAAGAUGAAGUACGCCUACUCUUAGACACUCAUAUUAAACAUAAAAAGCCUUAUUUCACCACGCUAUAUGACUAGUUUUUUUUAACAACAACUUCUAUCUGCGGAACUGGAGCUGAUUUAUGUUAAAAGCUUCAACGUCUCUUCCCAUUUACCAAAACUCAAAGUGACUGACAUUCAUCCUCUUAUUAACAUAACAAGCAACUUUACCCAGACAUCAGAGGCAACACCACAUCAUUAAGAAUGUAAAGUGUAGAUCUACAAAAGUGUAGUUUAAAGUACUUUAUGAUACACACUUUCUUUAGGAUACACAACAAUUGUCCAAAGAAGACUUCUUAAUCAAUUAUCAAAUACAGUAAUCAGUGAGAGUGGCUAAGGUUGUCCUCUCAAACAAAAAUAAUUUGUAAAAGAUGUAUGUGUUUCAUAUAAUGUUUUACUAAUACAGAAGUUCUUUUUGGCCUGUUAGGAUUUGGAAACAAAAAUUAAGGCAUUGAAAAGACAGCAACAAAAAGGUCGUAGAAAAUCAAAAAAGAUCAUUUUGGCUCUUCAGAAAAAAAAUGAAAACACUUCUGAUAGUGAACACUCCUCCAGAGAACUUGAAUCAGACUACUCAUCAGACGACUCAGGAAAUAUGCUGAAUGUUGUGGAGCAGCAUCUAAAUGAAGACUUGCAAGAACAGUAUGAUUCAGAAUCACAACAGAAUACCAUAAUUAAUAUGCAAGAUCAAGUGCUAUGGUAUGAAAUUGAUAGACUAAAUGAUUCCAUGGAUGUUACCAGUGAAAGUAACUCAGAGCUAGCUUUGUCUCUGGAGAAAAAGCUGUCUGAGUGGGCAAUGAAAUUCAACAUCUCCAUGACCUCUCUCACUCAUUUGCUUAAGAUUUUGAAGGAACAUGACAUUGAUGUUCCAGCAGACGGACGAACACUAUUGAAAACAUCUCGUUCUGGCAGUUUGAGAAUAACAGAAAAAUCAGGUACAUUUUAACUUUGAAAAUGUCCAUGCACUCAUUUGGCAAUAUUAUUCAGAAAUUCCACUGAACUGUAAAAUCUUGUUUUUGAUAGGUGGCAAAUACACAUAUUUUGGAUUAAAGGAAGGUCUUACGCAUACUCUGUCUGAGCAAGACACUUCAAAAUAAGACCAAUUUGAGAUUUCUUUGAAUAUUGAUGGCCUUUAUUGAUGAAUAUUUCCAGUCCAAAAACCUCACAAUGUGGCCACUUCAGUGGAGGAGCUGCAAGAACUGAUGGAAACAGGCUUUAAAGGGAAGAUAUGUGAUAUGUAUGUCAUAUGUGAUGCACCAGCACGAGCCCUCAUCAAAGGAAUAGUUCAGUUUAAUGGCCGCUAUGGCUGUGACUUUUGUGAUGUAAAGGGAGUUCAUGAGAGCAAAAUGCUUUUUUUGUAUAAAGGAAAUGUCAGAACCAAUGAGUCAUUUAGACAGAAGACAAAUCCUGAACAUCACAAAACAGAUAGCAUUCUUUUGAAUCUGGACAUUGAUAUGAUCAGGCAGUUCCCAAUAGAUCCCAUGCAUUGUGUAGAUCGAGGAGUGACUAAGCGAAUGUUGGUGCUGUGGAAAGAAGGACCUUUGGCCCAUAGAUUAUCAGCUGGACAUCUUAGCACCAUUACUUAUUUUCAUCAAGCUGUCCGACAUCACAUACCUCCUGAAUUCAAUAGGAAACCCAGGGGGUUAGAUGAACUGAAGCACUGGAAAGCAACUGAAUUCCGAACAUUUUUGCUUUAUACUGGACCAGUGAUUUUGAAAUAUGUUCUCGAUAAGGAGAAGUAUAUUCACUUCCUUUCACUUAGUAUUGGAAUGCGCAUCUUGUACAGUGAAAACCUAAUGGAGCAUCGUGAUUAUGCAGAUGAGCUGUUAACAUAUUUUGUUGAAAAAGGUAGCAGCCUGUAUAGCAUGAGUUUCAUCUCAUAUAAUGUGCAUUGCUUGCUACAUCUCACUGAUGUUGCAAAUUACAACAGAUCAUUACACUAUUGUUCAGCGUACAAGUUUGAGAACAAUAUGGGUCAAAUCAAGAGGUUUAUCCGCGGUUCAAGUGAUCCACUGAUUCAAGUAGCUAACAGAUUGGCAAAGAGGCAAGCAAUAUCAAGUUCUAAGAAAUCAAAUGUUAACUCUGGUACGCCAAAGACAAAAGAAUGUUACAGAAUGACCAAUGAUAGCUACUGCCUUAUACAUGGAGUUCAAGAAAAUCUGAUUUUUUUGUGAGGUUUUUUGCAGAAUGGAACCUUUGUACACUAAGCCAUGUGACUCCAGAAUAAUUGGCAUAUUCAAAGGAUUUCGGAAUCACACUGAAAUGUUACAUACUGACACCACUCAACUGAGACAUAAAGCAAUCAUGAUACCUUUGUCCUUGAUUGAUAAAGAUGAAUACAAUGCGGUAGCGCCUAUACCGCUCAUGCAUUCAGUUUGAUUAGUUAGUCAAGUAAGUCAGUAAGGCAGGGUUUUUGCCUUUUUUAUUGCAUGUUAUCCUGAUUUUGAUCCAAAGACUAUGAAUAAUGUGUGUGUGUGUGUGUGUGUGUGUGUGUGUGUGUGUGUGUGUGUGUGUGUGUGUGUGUGUGUGCGUGUGUGUUUUUUUUUUUUUUCAUUGUACCAAAUGUCCCCACAAUUAAAGUGAACCACCUACAUGUGCAUUGUGGAUAAAACGAUCAGGGAAAAAACGGUUUAAUUGAUGUAGAAAAAUAAAUAGAGAAACAAUAUACAGUAACUGAUUUAGAUAAAUGCAAUUUCACUGACCUUAUGUAUGUAAUUUUGAUAACAGGGAAGGAACCAAAGAAACAAAAUGCAAAGUCACCAUGGAGAAAUUUUUUGUUUUUCAGAUCUGAAUACUAAGAUACUCCAACAAAUUCAAAUGCUGGAACAGAGACAAGCUGUCAUCAUGAAUGACUUGGCAAAAGUUAAGUCUGUUCUCAUGAAGCGGGCAGAAGAAGAUGCCCAUGAGGAACUUUUUAAACAACAACAGUGCUCCAGCUUUGAAACGUUUGAAGCCUUCUUAUCGAGAGCUUUAUGUACACUAUCUCAUCCAUACUCACGGCAGCUCCAGUAUAGGUGAGAUGGUGAGACAGGCUUUAAAAAGCAUAGCGUCAGACAAUGUUCUCUGUCUGUAUAACAGAACGGGGAAAGAUGGGAAGAAGGUGUUGCCACCUGUGCUCCUGACAUGUUUGAAAAAAUGUGUCAGGUCUUUUCACAAACAAAAUGAAAUAGAGGUGAAGAAGCUAAAAGUAACCACCAGAACAACACCAGACGCGGAAUGUAUUCGCCAAGUAGUAAUUUUUUGUCCAACGCCAACACCAGGCUGAAAAGGAAACCAAAUAAAGGAAAAAGCUGACUUUUUGUUUGUUUGUUUUUAUUGAUGGAAAUAAAGAAUGUGGGUGUAAAAGUUUGAGUUAACUGAAUCAUUUUAGAUAACAGUGAACUAACACUAUUAUUGCAUAGUGGUGUUAUAUGGUGAUCUCACAGUAUGAGCACACAGUGACCACAGUAUGAGCACACAGUGACCACAGUAUGAGCACACAGUGACCACAGUAUUAGCACACAGUGACGAC